CACUUCCGAGUUCUUCCUCCCUCUACAUAACAGAAGAGAAAAAGCUGUGCCCAUUUUGCUUUAUAAACUCAAUUUGCAGUCUUCCAUUUCCAGUUUCUCCCGUAGAAUCAAUCUUCAAUGUCUGCUUCAAUCCAAUUGGAAGAAGAGAUUGAAGGAGACCAAAUUGGCUCCAAAAAUUAUCGUUUCUCCAGAAUCGGAACACCCGUCCCUAUAAAAUCCGGCGAAGAUUCUUCCUUUGAUAUCGAAAAUGAAUGUCCUCCUUUGCAACCCUUAGUCGUCUCCGAACGCUUUCGCCUUCUCUUCGUUGCACACUCCAAUGGGUUUUGUGUUGCGAGAACAAAGGAGGUUAUGACAUCUGCGGAAGAGAUUAAAGAGAAAGGUACUGGUUCCUCUAUACAGCAAUUGAGUGUUGUAGAUGUUGCUAUCGGAAAAGUUUCCAUACUUGCAUUGUCUGGAGAUGAAUCCUUGCUUGCCGCUUGUGUUGGCAAUAAAAUCCAUUUCUACCCUGUUAGCGCCCUUCUUUACAAGGACCAAACACCAGCCUUUUCUCAUUCUCUCAAUGAUUCAAGUAUCAUCAAGGAUAUGCAAUGGGCUAAAAAGGCAGAAAAGGUUUAUGUUGUCCUCACAAGUGAUGGAAAGUUGUAUAGCGGGGUUGGUCAAAGCCCCAUUAAAGAAGUUAUGGACGAUUGUGAUGCUUUUGGGUGGAGUCCGGAUGGUGAAUUUAUUGCCAUAACAAGGAAGAAUUUGGUUAGCAUUCUAUCAUCAACGUUUGAGGAGAAGUUCAGCAUAUUACUAUCAUUUAAGUCGCUGCUUGAUGAUCUUAAUGCCAAAUACGUUAUCAAAGUGGAUGUUGUCAGAUGGAUUCGUCCUGAUUGUAUUAUAAUUGGAUGUCUUCAAGUUAAUGAUGACAAUGAAGAGGAGGAAAAUUAUGCGGUGCAAGUCAUCACAAGUGAGAAUGGAAGAAUAACUAAUCCGUCAGCUAAGCCAGUUGUAAGGUCCUUUAGGGAUGUAUUUCUUGACUUCCGUUACGAUGCAGUUCCUUCAUGUAGUGGACCUCAUCUCUUCUCGAGCUAUUUGGAUCAACAUCAGCUGGCAUUUGUGGCUAAUAGGAAGAAUUUGGAUCAGCACAUACUGCUGUUUGGAUGGUCAGUUGGUGAUACAAAGAAUGAAGCUGCAAUUAUUGAAAUUUUGAAUGAUAAUUGGUCUCCAAAGAUUGAGGCUCAUGACAUUGGUGAUGAUAUCUUGAUAUUGGGACUUGCCAUUGACAAAGUUUCCCAAAAUGGGGAAAUUAAACUAUUGCUUGGUGAAGAAGAAAAAGAAGUUUCACCAUGUUGCCUUCUCCUUUGUCUUACCAAUGAUGGAAGGCUUUCCAUUUUUCAUUUUGCUAGUGCUACUGCUGCUUCAGUGUCGCCCCAAUCUACUGAUUUUGAAGAGAAAAACAAGACUUAUAUAGUGGCAUCAUCACAAGAUUUGCUAGUUGAAUCUUCCAGUGCUAGGAAGCAAAUCAACCACGUAGAUUCAGGACUGCAACCCCAUGAAAUAGACAGAGGUCACAAAAUUUUUUCCACAAGUGCUCAAUCAUCCGUUGCAGAGAAAUUUAGCUCAGAAGAAGCGAUUAAAACCACAAAUCAGAACCAAGGUGCAAAUUUGAAGCAGUCUGCAUCCAAAACAUUUGUGUCUGUGGAUGCUGGAGGUGUGAAUAAUUUUAGGACACAAGAAACUGAAAAAGUAGCUGAAGUUAAACCUGGUACAAUUUCUUUCUCAGGAAGUUCCUUAGGUAAUUUUUCCAUCCGUUCAAUUGGGCCAAGUGCUGGAACUGGCGGUGUCAUGGAGUUACCUGUAAAGAUAAUGUCAACAGGUUUUUCUACUGCUUCAUCACAGUCAAGCAAACUUCACAUUUCUUCAAAAAGUGAUGAAACACUUGCAUCCACACCAUUCAGUGGUGUUCCAAGAAGAAAUUUUGAUUCUCCUGAUAAAAAUUCUUCUAGCGCAAAUGAGAAAGCUGGAACUUCAGUAUCAAUCAGUUCUUACAAGCAAAGAGCCAUGGCAGGAGCUGGGAGUAUUGGAUCAUCACCUGCUUUUCCAGGCUCAAUGUUGCAAUCACAGAAAGGUUUUCUGUCGGAGCCUUCGAAGCUGCACUUCACCAGGGAGACAAGUGAAGGAACUCCAUUACAGCAAUUCCAUGAUGUUGAAGAGAUGGCCAGGAAAUUGGAUGAUCUUCUAGAAGGUAUAGAAGGUGAAGGUGGGUUUAGAGAUGCUUCCAUCCGUGCUCACAGCAGUUCAGUUUUGGCAUUGGAGGAAGGUAUAGAGAGUGUUUCAGAGAAAUGCAGGAUAUGGAGAGCAGUAAUGGAUAAGCAACUUGGGGAGGUCCAGCUUCUGCUUGAUAAGACAGUACAAGUUUUGGCAAGGAAAGUAUACAUGGAAGAAAUAUUUAAGCAAGCUACUGAUGAACGGUAUUGGAAUCUCUGGAAUCGCCAGAAAUUAUGUUCUGAGCUGGAGUUAAAAAGGCAACAUGUACACGAAGUUAAUAAGAGCUUAACCAGCCAGCUGAUUGAAUUGGAGAGACAUUUCAACACUCUCGAGUUGAAUAAGUUUGGUGACACUGACGGGAUACAAACAAGUAAAAGAGGUUUCCAGAGCAGGCCUGGACAACCCAGGAAUUUUCAGUCCUUGCACAAUUUACGUAAUACAAUGACUACACAGCUAGUAGUAGCAGAGCAGCUUUCUGAAAGUCUCUCGAAACUAAUGACUGAUUUGAGCAUAGAUUCUCCUGCAAAAGGUCAGAAUAUGAGGAAGGAAUUGUUUGAAACAAUUGGUUUAUCCUAUGAUGGUGCUUCUUACAAGUCUCCAGCUAGGGAAAAGGCUGAAAAUACACCUUUUAACAAGGAAUUAUCAGUCUUUCUUGCUGUUAAAGAACGAUCCAGGAGAAAGAAGCCAAGUCCUGUGAAGAGCUCUGAACCAGAGACAGCUAGGAGACGCCGUGACUCACUUGAUCGGAAUUGGGCAAGCUUCGAAACUCCCAAAACAACUGUGAAAAGGAUUGUUCUUCAAGAAGAUCGCCAGAAGGAAACUUCAAAUAAGUCAUCUUUGUCACUGGAUAAGAAACAUCACCAGUCUAGGAUGCGCGAGAGAUCAGCGACUGCUCAAUCAAAUAUCUUUAAUGCCUCUUCCACCUCUCCACAGCAAGUUAGAAGCAAAGAUGUACUUCCAAGACAUGCAGCUGAAACGCCACCAAUGAUUUCUCCAGUAUCUUUACUGCAGCAUGAGUCACAGUUGACUGCAGUCACUAGCCAAUAUGGUUUAGUAGAUACUCACAAUCUUGCUGCGACAAGAUCAGGUAGAAGCACAAUACCACUUAAAGAUAUUGUGCAAACAGGUGGACCAGGGGCCAUUCAGCAAUCAGGGAACAGAAUGCAGCAGCCAAACUUAUCAGGUCCUCCUGCACAGACAUUGGCCCCAAUCAAGUUUACAAUUGAGACUUCAAAUGCUGAUGGUAAACCUGGAAUCACCAAACCUGUCAGAGAUUGGAAAAAUGCACCGGUGACUAGUGGAAGCACACAGUUUGAAUCUAACAGUAGUCUUAACUAUUCUUUACCAACUGCUGCUGCUGCUAAUUCUGCCUUCACUCUGUCUGCGAAGGUUAUACACUCAGAAGUUGUGAAUAAAAGCCAAGGUAGUGAGAUAUCAUUAUCUGCCCAAGAAUCAACACAUAGUUCCUCUUCGCAUGCAAAAAUCAUGCCGUCAGCAUCUUUGUCUUCUUCACAAGAGCCAAUGUUGUCACCAAUAUCAUCCACGUGGACAUCAUUCGAAUCCGUUUCUAAAGCCAGUAUAGGUUCUAAUCAAAAGAUCUCUCAAUCAUCAGUAGCUUCUCUGACGCAGUCUUCAUCUCUUCCAAGCACUCAAAAAUUGGAUUCCUUACCUAUUACACCUUCUUCAGAUAGUACAAGGUCUGAGUCCCCAACAAUCCUGUCUCGACCUUUGGUUGCCAUACUUGAUAAAAAGGCUGAUACAGAUUCCGAUAGACCAGCUUCACUUGCGAAUCUAAGUACGAAGAUAGAUACACCACAAGAUCCAGCUUCACAGCCUGUGGUAUCUUUCAGUGUGUCUAACUUACAAGCUGGACCUUUGGUCCAAUCAAAUUCCACAAAUGAACAGUCAGCCAGUUUGAAAUCUGCAAGUCAGGUCCAUCCUCGUGGGGAAUCAAGUCAAGUCUCAAAUGUUGGUUUGAAUUCUAUACCUGGACAGCCAUUUUCUGCUUCUGCCAUUCCACCAUCAGUGAAGAGUGGUUGUUCAGAUGUUGUCACCCAUGAGGAUGAGAUGGAAGAGGAAGCUCCUGAGAAUAAUCAGAUGACGGAGAAUGCUCUGGGUAACUUGGCUGGGUUUGGUAUUGGAUCUGCUGCUACUCCAGUUUCUACAAAACCUAAUCCAUUUGGUGUUGUGUCACCGAAUAAAGCUUCAUCUCCAGCAAACUCCUUAUUUACAAGUACAGCUUCAAGCAGUGAGUUAUUUCGACCGGCGUCAUUUAGUUUUCAACCAAUACAGCCACCUCAACCAUCAGCACCUGCAAAUUUUGGUGCCUUUCCUGGUAGCUUCUGCCUCACUUCCACGAGUCAGGCUCCAGCAGUGAGUGGGUUUGGCCAGCCGGCUCAGGUUGGACAAGGGCAGCAUGCUUUAGGUUCGGUUCUUGGUACUUUUGGACAAUCAAGGCAGCUUGGUGCUGGAAUACCUGGAACUGGUGUGGGAUCUGCAAGCUCUUUUGGGGGAGGUUUUAUGAGCAAUAGCUCUGCUGGUGGUUUCGGAGGUGGGUUUUCUGGAGUUUCUUCUACUGGUGGAGGGUUUUCCAGUCUGAGUUCUGGUGGUGUUGGAUUUGGUGCUUCUGCUGCACCCAGUGGUGGAUUUGCUGCUGCUGCCACAGGUGCUGGUGGAUUUGCAGCCGCUGCCACAUCUGCUGGUGGAUUUGGAGCUGCUGCCACAUCUGCUGGUGGAUUUGGAGUUGCUGCUGCAGCUGGUGGUGGAUUUGCUGCUCCAACUGCUGGUGGUUCAGGCUUUUCAGGUGGUGGUUUUGGAGCUUUUAGCAGCCAACAAAGUGGUGGUAGUGGCUUCCCUGCAUUCGGUGGGAGUUCAGCUACUGCAAGACCACCUUCUCAACUCUUCACGCAGAUGAGGAAGUAGUUCCAUGCACACAAAUUUUGAAAAGAAAAUUCUUAGGAAAGAAACAAAGGGGUAAAUGGAUGAUGUGAUAGAUGUUUUACUUGUAGAUUGUUGUAUUCUGGUUCAGUUCACUUUUAUGUAAUGAAGUUAGUUAAUCCGUGUUAUUAUUAGUUGUGGAUGAAGCCUAGUAAUGGGACUGACUCAAAA